UAUUUCAUAGCACUAACAUGAGGCAACUGUCUGUGUCCUGAUAGGCGCGCCAAAUCCUAUCUGUUCUUGUGUGCGCGCUCUUAUUAAGCGUGUGGCGUGUGUUGAGAGAGUUCAUUCAAAUCUGUUCCUUUUUUUUUAAUCCUCUGACUAUUCAGGAGUUAAUAACGGGAAGAGGACAUAUUUUUCUCACUGCUCGCUUGAUAGAAACAGAAAAGUAGGUCUGCGUUCCGGUGCAGAAUGAAGCGUUCCGAAAGGGCACCCGACCCCGUGCCGCAGACACGGUGGAUGACACAUUAUCGGUGAUUUUUCGCCUAAAAGUAGAUGGAAUGUAAACUUGACCUCACACACUAACGGGGAAGAUGAGUUGUGCAUUUUCUCAAUGUCUCAUCGUAUAUAUUUUGGAUUUAGCAGUUGGCUAUUUAACCGUCACUCUUGAGUCCCUCCCUCCCAUUGUCAUUGGAGACACGGUGACACUCAAGUGCAAUUUCAGGACAGAUGGCAACCUGCGAGAGAUUGUGUGGUUUCGGGUGACAGAGGGUGGCAGUGCCAAGCAGAAGAUCUUCACCUACGAUGCCAUGUACAACAGCAACUUCUCCCAUAUGGAGGACUUCCGCAGACGAGAAGACCUGGUCUACCAAUCAACUGUCCGGCUUCCUGAGGUGCAGAUGGAAGAUGAUGGACCAUAUGAGUGCCAUGUGGGGAUCUACGACAAGGCCUCUAGAGACAGGGUGGUCUUAGCCUCAGGCACCAUUGUGCUCACUGUCAUGGUGCCUCCUAAAUCCAUCUCUGUAGUGGCAGCAGACUGCCCGGCCCCCUUCAAUCGCUACGAGGCCCAGAACUUCACUCUAAUCUGCAUCGUCAUGGGAGGAAAGCCAGACCCUAUGGUGUACUUCAAGCGUGACAGCGAGCUGAUCGACGUGUUCCCCUCUAUUAUGGAGGGUGGUGGGGGCCAGUCCCAGGGAAGGGGCCUGGCAGGUCUACGGGGCUCUAGGCCCCUGAUCAGCAGAGAUCUGGAUGACACCAAGCUGAAGAAGUCCCUCUCCCUGCUGGACCAGGACCAGGGGAAGCCCCCCCAUCUGGACCAUGACACCCCUGGGACCAGAGGGACAGGGAAGACAGGAGGGGCCGGGGAGGGACCAGGGGCCCUGGGAGAGCCUGGCGGUGUGGAGGGGUCUGAGCCCAGCCCCACCACCACGGAGGUGAUCCCAGAGACGGUGGUAAGCCGGGAGUUCCCCCGCUGGGUACAGAGCACAGACCCACUCUACUACUUCCAGCACAGGCGGCAGGUCUCCAGCGAUGGCACCAUGGAGGUCAGAGCCAUGCUCACCUGGAGCCUCAACCCCCAACUGGACAACGACGCCCUGUUCAGCUGCGAGGUCAAGCAUCCAGCUCUGUCCAUGCCCAUGCAGGCUGAGGUCACUCUGUCUGCUCCCAGGGGCCCCAAACUCUCCAUGUCGCCUGGUAAGGCUAAAGUAGGAGACACUGUCCGCAUUACAGUUCAGGGCCUCCAGAUCUCUUCCACAGGGAAUAUGGUGUUCCCCGAGCCACUGUUCACCUGGACCAGGGUGGGAGGUAAUUUGCUGGACGGGAGAGAGGACCAUAAUGGGAGGGAGCUGGUGCUUGAGAGAGUACCAGCCGAGCUCAACGGCUCCAUGUUCCGAUGCACUGCCCAGAACCCUCUGGGAUCCACUGACACACACACGCGGCUCAUCGUGUUUGAAAACCCAAGACUUAAGAAGGGGAGACAACAUUUUGUUGCAGAUGCUGCCUAUUGCAAUGAGGCACUGGAGCUGACCACCAUGCUGUUAAUGUUAGCCGUGACAUGGGAGAUGACGUGAACAGCUAAAUGGAGCCCUGCCCUUCUCCAGUCUCACUAGUCUCUUGAGUUUCUCCUCUGUCGCUCACUUCCCCAUCUGCAGUUCCAGCUACUGGAGCUGAGGCACUGUUCACUUUUCAUAAAAGCUGCUUAGGAAAAGAAAAACAUUGUCAGAAAGAAGAUGAGAACUACAUACAUUCUAACUCUCUAGGCUUUUAUGUUGUCAUUCUGCCUGCCUAACUGCUUCUUCCCUUUUGGUUUUUUCAACAUCCAAUGACCAACUAUCACAGUGGUUAUGUUUUAUAGUAGACCCCAACCUGUGUUAGAGGUAAUUUUAAUCAAGUUUAUGUGGGCUGGCCCACAUUAGAUGCUUUUUCCCCAUCUUCCUGUUAUUUGAAGGUCAGAACACAUACAAUAUGACAUGUUUUUGACAUAUCUUGGUCAGCAAGUCCUUGGAUAAAAUAAAUGUUUGGUUGGAAGAAAUGUC